GCUGACAGCUGAUCUCUUUUCCUUCGAAUGCACAUGCUCUGUGAUGCGUUAAAAUGAUACUUAUUGACACUGCUACUCUCGUGCUCCACUCCUUUCCAAGCUGUGAUCAGCGGUACGCCAUUUUGUCCCAUACCUGGGGUCCAGCUGCCGAGGAAGUGACAUAUCAAGAGAUGAUAGCGCCCACGCGUUCUGAGUCCACCAUCACCAAACCUGGGUACCAGAAGAUCAAAAAGACAUGCGAGAUCGCUAGGUCCAACUACAAUCUUCCGUGGGCGUGGAUUGACACUUGCUGCAUCGACAAGACGAGCAGCGCGGAUCUAAGCGAAGCCAUUAACUCCAUGUUUAGAUGGUACAGGGAGGCCUGGGUGUGUUUUGCGUAUCUAUCUGACAUGGAUGAAGAUCCUAGCGCUUUCUUACAUUCAAGAUGGUUCUCACGAGGAUGGACGUUGCAAGAGCUGAUUGCACCUAAAUAUCUCAUAUUCUUUGAUUGCGGCUGGACCUUUCGUGGCACUAAGACAACGAUGACAACUUCUAUCUCGUCAAUCACCGGUAUUCCAAGUGAGAUUUUGGACAACUCUGUUGAACUGGAUGAGAUUCCAGUUGCUGUACGGCUGUCUUGGGCUUCCAGGCGAGAGACGACGCGCAGCGAGGAUUUGGCCUAUUGCCUGUUGGGGAUAUUUGACGUAAACAUGCCUAUGCUCUAUGGAGAAGGCCCAAAGGCUUUCGCUCGAUUACAGGAAGCUAUCCUUAGCCAGAGUGCUGACAUGUCCCUCUUCUUGUGGACCGACCUACAGACCAGCCAGCAAUACACUGGUCUUCUUGCGACCGCCCCGGUCUGUUUCCGAGAAAUGAGACUCGCCAAAGCAGAACCUUCGUUCACGCAACGCGAGUACUAUCCUACGAAUCGCGGCAUCCGCUUGAAGCUAGGCCUUGCAUGGGACCCUACGACCGGUCUCGCUAUCUUGCCAUUGAAACAUUCAAUUGGUAACAAUGGAAAAUCUGUCGGUGUAUAUCUCCGAAGGGUUGGGCUGGAUCAGUUCGUUAGGGCGCAGCCACAAGAACACUGUUUGGUCAAGACGGAAAAAGCCUACGCAGUUUUCACGGUCGCCAAAUCUGUGACGAAGUCUCAAUCUGACGCCAUCUUAUCCAACGUUUUGAAGAUCUCCGUUCCCCGGGACAUCUACGUAGAGAAAGAAGAACCACGCGGCUCUUGGGAUCCGGAGAAUGGCUUACUGCACGCAAGCUAUACCGGCACAUUUCUGGGAUUUAUGAAGUUUGAGAGCGCGAAUUACCGCCCAUUUACGUUAGUAUGCUGCUUCCAAAAUCGGCAUUGGUCCACUAGCGUUGUUUCGGGAGAGCGAUGGCAAGAAAUCAAAAGCACUUUCUACCCGUACUAUAAGGAGAAUUUUGGGUUACUCACUCAAGAAGACAGGGCCAGGUUUACAGAGAUCGGCUACAUUGAUGCCUCGAACAAGACCAAGGGGAUAUCGAUACGCUUCCGGGGAGGUAGUUCGACUGAGCCGCCAAGUAUAUUGAUGCGCACUGUUGAUGCCAUGAGAAGUACUCCACAAGUUUUCUUUUAGAAUCAAUAGCAAGAACAAAAGCAAAUUUGGGAGAUGAGGAAAACGAGAGGUUAAUAGGGGCUCUAUGUGCCCUAGGGCCAGUUUUCAUGAGGAAGAAACAGCAGGCUUCGUAAGAUGAGUGAGUAGAAGACCCACUAGUCAGGUCAUGGAUUUCUUUAGGCAAUCGGGGCAGCAAUCGUAAUAAGAAGGUCUUUAGAUGUUCCUCGUGACAAUGAUAUGUUUGAAUUGUGGGUGUUCCAAAUUUGAUACAUUUGCGAGUAAUAAUACAU